CGGGGUGGGGCGGCGCGAGAGGGGAAGAGCCUGGUGAGGAAGAAGAAGAGCUCGUGGCGCCGCUUUCCCGCAACGGUCCCUCUCUCGGCGCGCGCUGCUCCUCCUCCUCCUCCUCGCGGCAUGUGGCUCGGCGGUGCCGGUGGCUAUGACAAUAGUUAUGGUGGUAGUGGAUAUACCCAAUCACCUGGAGGGUUUGCAUCACCUUCAGCAACCCAAGGCGAAAGAAAAUCGAGGUCAAGAUCACAAAAUAUUGUUCCCUGUACAGUGUCCCAGUUACUUUCUGCUGAACAGGUAGAUGAUGCUUUCAGGGUCCGAGACGUUGAGCUUUCACAGGUCAUUGUUGUUGGCAUAAUCAGGCAAGCAGAAAAAGCACCAACAAACAUUCUCUACAAAGUGGAUGACAUGACCGCAGCCCCGAUGGAUGUCAGGCAGUGGGUCGAUGCAGAUGAGGCAGGUAGUGAGAAUGUUGUGGUGCCUCCUGGAACAUAUGUGAAAGUUCUAGGCCAUCUGCGAUCUUUCCAGAACAAGAAGAGCCUGGUUGCAUUCAAGAUCCUGCCGCUUGAAGAUAUGAACGAAUUUACCACGCACCUGCUUGAAGUCGUAAAUGCCCAUAUGAUCCUCAGAAAAGGCAAUAUGCCCAUGUCAGUGAAGAUGCCGCAACCAGUUGGUUUGAUGGGGAUGGGCAACACGUCAAGCUAUGGAGGAAAUGGCGCCUUGCCAGUGAGUGGGCUCACAGCACACCAAACUCAGAUUCUGAAUUUGAUUAAAAGCUCCACAUCUGCUGAGGGGAUAAGUCUUCAGGAUCUGCAGUCCCAGUUGCGUAGUAUUAAUCUGCCAACACUGAAGAAAGCUGUUGAAUUUCUUAGCAGCGAGGGACAUAUCUAUUCCACUAUUGAUGAUGAACACUUUAAAUCUACAGAUGCCGAUUAAUGCUUUGUUUAGAUAUAAUACCUUGGUCUAGUAAACUGUUAGACCAAGAUCAUCAUAUCUUAACUGAGCUGAAGUGACCUUUGAAUUUGACUGUUAUGGAAUAAGUGGUUUCUGCCCAGAUCAACCAUCAGAUGAUAAUGCAGAAGUGACAACAAGCUGUACAUUUAUAGAAGGUAGUAUCUUUAUCUGUUGAUGGUGAACUUACUGUUCUGGAUAGACAUAAGUAGUGCACAAAUUUAUAAUAGUAUUAAGGAUACCCAAGCAAGUGUAUGUAUUUCAGAAGAGAAAAAUGGGCUUGAUGGGAAGAACAUACAAACUUAUAAGUCUUUGAUCGUGUUAUAUUUUGGGCAAUUUUGGAAGUGAUCACUCCACCCAGCUGUGACCCUUGACUGGUUGCCAUGGUUUGGAAAUGGCAUGUCAGAUUUCUCUAUAGGUAGAAGAAAAAUGCUUAGAGUUAUAUAUUUUUUAAUUCUGAACACGUCUGUUCCCCACUGCACUUUGAAUGCCAAGUAGCCUUUUUUCAAGAAAUAUUUCCUAUCUCAAUAAAGCUAUUUUUAUUUUG